GCCAUGGCUGUCAUUGUCUUCCUCGCCCUAGCGGUACUGGGCUUCAUCCAGAACCCACUGCAGCUGGGCGAAGAGCUGCAUGCGGCCAUGCAUGGGCUCAUCCAGAACCUCAUACAGCAGCUGAGCUUGAAGGUGACUCAACUGCUGCGGGACAUAGAGCAGACCCAGGAGCAGAGCGGGGUGGCCAGGAAAGUCCUGCUUCUCGCAGCCUCCCAGCAAUGGUGCUUCUGGGCUUCUGCUCUUGGGGCAACAGCCCUGAUCUUGGUGCUGUGGCUCUGCUGGAGGACCAGAAAAACGAGCCAUAAGCAAGAAAGCAGGUGCCAGCACGGCAGCCCCGGAGGACAAGAUGAAGAGGAGGAGGAACAGGAGGAAGACAUACAAGAAGAUGACGAUGAUGGUGACGACGACUCUGGUGACGAAUGGGAUCUGGGCAGAUACGCAGCCGAUUCCAUCCAGUGGCCAGCGUCGUACAUGGCUGACACGUGCAAGUUGGUGGAGGAGCUGGUAGACGAUCUUCUUUGUGCCUGCCAAAGACUUUCCAGGAACACCUUCAAGCCACGGCUGCAGCCAGCCAUCGGCCUGGGCUGCGUCUAUCAAGGCUGGGCAGCCCGGGAGGACAAUGUCCUCUACCGCCUGCUCGUGCCCCUGCAGCCUCCCCCGGGGCAUGCCUUCUGCUUGGAACAGGGCACCACCAAGGACAUGCUGACCAGCGACUCCUGCCUCCGUGUGCAGCUGCAGUGCAUGUGCGUGAGGGAGUGGCUGGUGGGGGACAUGCUAUGCUUCCUCCACCACAACAACAAUGAGCUGAGCAGUCAAGGCCCCAGCCUCCUCAACACCCUUUGCACCAACUCGUACUUGGACAUCGAGAAAACCGCCUGCUGGUUCCAGAUGUUGGUGAAAGAUGCCUGGAAGCUUCUGCCUCCGUCACGCCGCUGCCGGCUGACCGUGCUGCCUUCUGCACGCUCCUGCAAGAUCAGGCUAACGCAUGGACAGGAAACCCUCUCCAUCGAGAUGAUCUUUGGG